UAUUUCUAAUUAAAAAAUAUACAAAAAAAAAAAGAUAAACUAGAAACAAAUUUUUUCUAUAUGGAAGAUAUAAGAGUAGAAAGUUAAAAUUUGCUACAUGAAAAAAAUGAAGAGGAUUUUAUUGAAAUGAAUAUUUUGAAGUAAGGAUGUGGAUUUGGAUUAUUAAUAAGUGAUUUUAAUGAAGCUGAUGAAUAGUAGUAGGUUGAUAGGGAUUUUAGUAAACCCUUUUAGGUUGUUAAAUACUAUAAAAGAUAUAAUAAUUUUUUAGGGAAAGUUGAGGAUAUGGCUGUAAUAAGCUAUCCUAUGACCGAGAUGAUACCUGAUAAUAUCCCAAAAGCUUUACUUUAAAAAUAUACGAAUCUAACCAAAAAACAUGAAAACCAAAAAGACUUGAAUAAUUAAAACAAAGAAAGUAUGUACGAAAAUAAAGAUAUUUAAUUGGGAUUUUCUGAAGAGUAAAUAGAAAGUUUAGACGAUUUAAAUGAUGAUGAUAAUUGUGAGUGGACAUAAGCUUACAAAUUUUGCUAAAAUUUUGAAAAAUUAAUUUAUUUAAAAGUUGAUUUAGAAAGUCAAAUUUAGUUUAACAAAAUUUUGGGUUAGAUAAAGUAGAAGCUUUUAAUUGUGGAUGAUAAAUAUAUUGAACCAAGAGGAGAAAAUUUUUUGAGAUUAAAGCAUCUGAGUUAGCCAGGAAUUAAUUAUAUUAAAUAUAAUGGAUAAUAUCUUAUUUAAUUCCAAGAUUUAUAAUAAUUAAUGAUUACGUUUACCCGCCUAUUUAUGGAUAAUUACAAUCCAAAACUAGAUAGAAAUUUAUUUGAAUUGUUUAAAAAAGGUAACUAUAUUAUUCAAAAAUCUAAACCUAUUUCUGUUUAAAAAAUGGACAGUAAAUUUUUCUAGUAGCGUAAAAUGGAAAAAUAAAUCGAGAGAAAAUAAUCACUUGAGUAAGAAGAGAUUUAGCCUCAUAAAAAAAAAAUGAGUAGUCGUGAAGAGGAUAUUUAGAUGCUAUAAGAUUAAGAUGAAGAAGAAGUAGAAUAAAAUUAAUGCGAAUAAAAGUCAUACAGCAAUAACGAUAUGGAAUAAUCAAUAAAGAAUUAUAAUUAUUUAGAUAAAUAAAUUUUUGUGAAAGAUGAAAGCAGUCACAAUAUCACAUAAUCAAAAGACACAGCUGAGACUCAUCUAAAUUAAGAAAAAGAAAAUAAGUAAGCUGAGCAUACUGAAAAUUUAAUUCCCCAAUCUUGCUAUUCAAAUAAGACCCCUUUUUCCAUUUAAGAAAAACAAAAAGACGAAAUAAUAAAUUAACCAAAUGAAAAUUGCAAAGGAAUUGUUUUGAAGCAGGAACAAUAAACUGAAGAAAAUGAAAAUGCUUAGAAAAAUGAAAAUUGGUAAUUCAUUCAUAAGAACGAUUAUUGCAAAAAAAUGUUGAAAAAUAAAUAAUUUAUUGAUAAAUUCAAACAAAAAUUACAGAAUGGUAGCUAAUUUCUUAAAAUUUUCAGAAUUAAUAAAUUUAAAUCUUUUGAAUAAUUUUAUGAAGAUCAUCAAAGUUUAUAUGAUUAAAUUUAUUUAGCUUACCACUCCAAGAAUUCCAAAUAAUAAACUGAUUUACUUAAAAUUAAAUAUAAAAAUAAAUUUAAAUAACUUUUUCAAUAAUUAUACUCAGAAUACAAACCAUGA